AUGAGAUGGUGUCUGACUCAUAUUCAGCCAACCAUAGCUGAAGGUAAGCUUCUCUAUCAUGCAAUGCACAACAUUGUUCAUAUUGAUGAGAAAUGGUUCUACAUGAUAAAGACUUCAGACAGAUACUACCUGUUGCCGGAUGAGGAUGAGCCUUAUAGAAGGCCAAUGUUUGGCAGUGAUGGGCAGACCAUCUUUGAUGGUAAAAUAGGCAUAUUUCCAUUCACAGAGCAAGUUCCAGCCAAAAGAAAGUCAAAGAAUAGGCCAAAAGGGACACUUGAGACAAAGCCUAUCCCAUCAGUUAACAAGGAAGCCAUGAGAGAAUGUCUCCUUAAUCAGAUUAUUCCAGCAAUCAAGGCUAAGUGGCCAGCCAAUGCAAAUAAGGAAAUAUACAUCCAACAAGAUAAUGCCAAACCCCAUCUCAAAGCCUCUGACUUACAAUUUGAGGCUGCUGCAAGUACAGAUGGUUUUAAAUUCCAUCUAAUUAGCCAACCAGCCAACUCCCUAGAUACUAAUGUGCUAGACCUUGGCUUUUUUAGGGCCAUACAGUCACUACAAGAUGACAAACUAGCCACCAAUAUAGAUGAAUUGUUGGCAAAUGUUUGGAGUUCUUUUGAGGAACUCACACCACAAACACUGAACAAGGUAUUCCUAUCAUUGCAAAGUUGUUUAAGAAAGAUCCUAGAAGUGCAUGGGGGCAACAACUACAAAAUACCACACUUGAACAAAGAUAGGUUGAGUAGGACAGUGGGGCUUCCUACCUCACUUGAGGUUGAAGAAACUCUGGUAAGGGAGAGCUUGGAGUAUCUACUACUCCCUGAGAAUGAUGUGGGUGGUUCAUAUCACAUAGGGCAUUUAAACACUGUGCUAGGGUUGUAG